AUAUUAAUUGUAAAUUUAAUUUAUUGUGCUUUAACAAUUGAUAGUAAUGUGAAUAAUAAUGAUUCGUUGUUGAUUUUAAGUAAUUUAAAGGAUAAUAAUAAUAAUGUGAAAAAUAAUCAUGAAAAUCUUGAUUUAUCACGGCAAUCAAAACAUUUAUUGAUUAGUGAUGAUCCAUCAUCAACUAUUAUUGUACCAUCAUCAAUAAUGGAUACAAAUUUGGGUGCGAUUGUUGAUACAAAUGAAACUGAUGAAUCAUUAUUAGCAUUAUUUCAACAGCGGACAAUUGAAUAUGAUUUGGUGCGUUAUGAAAAGGCAUUAAAUGCUUUGGAAGAUGGGACUUGUAAGGAACAUUUACAAUUUUAUAUUGAACGUCUAUCUGAAGGAACCGAUUGGGCAUUAAAAAUGUAUGAUUCAUCAGCAAAAGAAAUCGAUGGAUAUUUAUCUGGAUCACGUUAUGAAUUUGGUAAUUUUGAUGAAUGUAUUGCAACAGAAUAUAGACCAUCAUUUACGCAAGAUCAACAUCCAUUAUUUAUUGGAGAUUUGUCUGAACCGCUAUUUAAAGGACAAUAUUGUUUAGCUGAUAUUACACAUAAAUCAAUUCAAUCAUUACCACAAUCGAUUACCACUAAACGUUCGUAUAAGGAACGUGCUCGACAAAAUACAACAAUCCAUUGGGGAAUUUGUAUACCAUCGUCGUGUUCAUAUCAAGAUGUUGAAAAGUUCGUAGCCACCAUGUUGGAUAUUAAAGAUAGAUUUAAUGUCUCAUUGAACGAAAAUUUAUGUUAUGUAGAUAAAAAAAUUAAUCCUACAACUCUCGACAUCACUUAUGCAUGUAUAAUCUUAGGAUUUUUAUUAAUCACAACAUUGGCCACUGUUUUCCAUGUAUGCUGUUUGGAAUCAUCGAAAAAUGAUAAAAUUGAUAAUCUAUCAAUAUUGGAAGAAGUAAUUGUAUCAUUUUCCGUAAUGAAUAAUUUACGUAAAAUAUUUACAUGUAAACAAACAAAUCCACACAAUUUAAAUUUCAUUGGUGGAAUACGAACCAUUGCUAUGUUAUUAGUCAUUUCUGGACAUUCUUUAUUAUUUACAAUGUUUGGACCAAUCACAAAUCAAGACUUUCGAUCAGUGGCUUUAAAACAGUAUCGUUACGUAAUAUUCUCAAACAGUUUAGUACUCGUAGAGACCUUUUUAUUAAUGAGCGGUGUCCUUAUGGCAUUUAUGCUCUUAAUUGAAUUGGAUAAACGUAACGGACGUAUUAAUUUUAUUUUCAUCUAUAUUGGACGUUAUAUUCGAUUGACGCCUGCUUUUAUCAUUGUUAUUGGAUUCUAUUGUACAUGGAUGAUUUAUAUGGGUGAUGGACCAUUAUGGACAAUGCGAAUGUCGUUAGAACGGGAACGUUGUUUGCAAUCAUGGUGGGCUGAUAUAUUAUAUAUCAAUAAUUAUGUGAAUACGGAUUAUUUGUGUAUGUUCCAAUCCUGGUACUUAGCCGUGGAUACACAAUUAUUCAUAAUUGCACCAUUCAUUAUUUAUCCAUUAUGGAAAUGGAAGCAGUUUGGAAGAAUUUUAUUAGGGAUCUCAAUUGUCGUUACGCUAUUAAUACCAUUCAUCAUACAAUAUGUUCAGGAUUAUGAUCCCACAUUAAUGGAAUUUGCAAGUGAACAUCCCGAUUUACAGUACAACUAUUAUUUUAUGACCGCAUACAUCAAAACACAUAUGCGUGCAUCGUCUUACUUUUUGGGGCUAUUACUUGGAUAUCUUUUGUACGUGCUACAAAAAUCGAAAUUCUCAUUUAAUAAAUAUAUGGUAAUUUCUGGCUGGACAGUUGCAAUAUUGGCUGGAGUCUCAUCACUAUGUUCCAUAACAUAUUUAUAUGAAACAGAGGAUCGAAUUCAUCCAUUAGCUGGUGCCUUUUACAAUGUUGGCCAUAAAAUUCUAUGGAAUAUUGGUAUUGGCUGGAUAAUUGUGGCUUGUAUUACGAAAAAUGGAGGUCUCUGUUAUAAAAUAAUAUCAUGGUCCAUAUUCCAACCACUUGGCAAAUUAACCUAUUGUGCAUAUUUGGUUAAUGGUUUGGUCAUUAUUUACGGCAGUGCAGUGACUAGAGAACAAAUUCCUUUGAAUGUUUAUGAAGCGGCUUGUCGAUGCAUUGCACAUGUGAUGGUUAGUUUUAUCGGUGCGUUAAUUCUAUGCGUCUUAUUUGAAUCCCCUAUUCAUGGUGUGGAAAGAAUUUUACUUCGAUCAGGACGAAGAAAAGAAUCCAGUAAUACAACAACAGAAACAAAAGUUGGUGAUGCGUAAAAUUCUACGAGCUACGUUCUACGCACGUGUAGAAAGAAACCAAGGCUGUAUUACUUAGAUUUAUUUUAUGUGAUAUAAUAUUUAU